AUGGAAUAUUAUUCCAAGUCCAACGUUAUUCUUUCAAUGUUGUUCCUCAUUUUCUCUCGGUUUCUUCAUGAGGGAUUCUCGCAGCAACUUCUGAACCCAAGGUUGUCGAUAGGUAACAUGCAGUGCGUGGAGAAGCUGGCUCCUUGUGAGCCGUACAUCAAGAAGCCGGGGACGGCAUCGGGGACCCCACCCGAGACGUGCUGUCAGCCGUUGAAGGACAUGAUCGCCGGCGAUGUUGAGUGUCUGUGUAACGUGUUUAACAGCCCGGAGAUGCUUCAGUCCAUAAACGCUACCAAGGAUGAUGCCUUGAAACUUCCCAAGGCCUGUGGUUUAGAUGCAGAUGUUUCCAAAUGCAACAACGGUGCAAGUUCACCAACCAAUUCAUCCAACAGUGGUGCAAACCAAACUGCAGCAGCAGACGCAUCAAAGUCAACGAGUUCAACCACAAUGAUUAUUACACCCAGUGGACUUGUUUUGACGUUUGCUUCAGUUUUUUCUGCAUACUGGAUUUAG